ACAAAUUGAUCUACAUGUGCUUCACUGUCCAUUGGAAGAAUGACAGAUGACAAAGAUGUACUUCGAGAUGUGUGGUUUGGGAGAAUACCGACCUGUUUCACUCUGUAUCAGGAUGAGAUAACUGAAAGGGAAGCUGACCCCUACUAUGUUGGCAUCGCAGAGCAGUCAGCCCAUGGUUUGAAUCAUUUUCAUGUGAAGUUGAAGGAGCAGACGGGCUUCAGUUGCUAAUGGACAUUUGGUGUAUGGGAGCAAACAAAUAAAGUUAUGGUUGCUUUUGCCAAGGAUAAGCUACUUGACACUGGUAACAGACAAAGUGAAGAAGCACUUUCAAAAAGUUAUGAGACAGGAGGAAGUUAGUGAAAUAUGGUUUGAAUACGAAGGUACACCACUGAAAUGGCAUUACCCAAUUGGUUUACUCUUUGAUCUCCAUGCAUCAAAUACAGCCCUUCCUUGGAGCAUCACAGUGCAUUUCAAGAAUUUUCCAGAAAAGGAUCUUCUACACUGCCAUUCUAAGGAUGUGAUUGAAGCUCAUUUUAUGGCUUGUAUAAAAGAAGCAGAUGCUUUAAAGCACAAAAGUCAAGUCAUCAAUGAAAUGCAAAAAAAGGAUCAUAAGCAAUUGUGGAUGGGAUUACAGAAUGAUAAAUUUGAGCAGUUUUGGGCAAUAAAUCGAAAACUCAUGGAGUAUCCUCCAGAAGAUAAUGGAUUUCGAUACAUCCCAUUUAGAAUUUAUCAGGCAACAACAGAGAGACCUUUUAUACAGAAGCUAUUUCGACCAAUUGCUUCAGGAGGACAGUUGCAUACUUUGGGAGACCUGCUAAAAGAUGUGUGUCCUAGUGCUAUCACCACUGAAGAUGGAGAGCAGAAGACUCAAGUGAUGAUUCAUGGAAUUGAGCCAAUGCUGGAAACACCCAUUCAGUGGCUAAGUGAACAUAUGAGCUAUCCAGAUAAUUUUCUCCACAUUAGUAUCAUUCCCCGACCUACUGAUUGAAACUCAGCUGUAUUCCUAUGAGGAUCAUUCUCAAGCUGGAAUUCUAAGGGCAUGUCAACUUCUUGCUUCUGUCAGUCUUGACAGAGGCAGCCUGACCAGAAAAAAAGAAACCAACAAAAAGCCGAAACAAAACAAGAAGUCCUCACUGCUGUAAGCCAAACAGGAAGAGAGAUCCUAUCAUCAGAUAAGGGCAAUUGGGCUGAUCUUAUUUUGCAUCACUGCUGCGUUUGUUCACUGCUGUAAUUAAAUCAGUUGCGAUAUGAAAGAAUUUACAGGACUUCUGCAAGUCUGCUGUUUUCUUGUAAAAUAUAAUGAAGCUGAAACUGUCAGCCGAAGAGCAAAUGGAAAUAUGCCACUUGAUUGUAUUUCUGAUUAACAAAUAAACAGGGCUGUUUCCUAAAGAGGUAGUGUUUCAGCUUUGAGGGUGGAAACAUUGGUUUAAUUUUCUAGAAAGUUAGACACUGAGAGAUUUGGUUACCAAUAGCUUUUUGUAAAAGAUCAAAUUACUGUAAAUCCAUCUUUCCUUAAUGAGAAGUUCAUGUUUACAGUAUAUGUAUUGGUAUGCAAAUGAUCUUUUAACUUUGAUAACAAGCAGUGAGAGAUUUUAAAGUAAGCCCGUGAGCAUGUUUUGUCAGUUAAGAACAUGCACAACUUAAUAAUUACAAAUACUCUUGAUUUGUAUGCUGUCACUGAAUACUCCAGUGUGUUUAUUAUUCAAACCAGUUUUCAUAGAUUAGCAAUGAUGUAGGAUAAUUUGUCUCAGGAUUCAUCAUGGCAUUUCUUUGUGCUCAUCUAGGUUUUUUUUCUUUAAGAAUAUAUUUUCUUAAUUUACUUUAAAAAGGUUUUUUGUUUUUUUUUUAAAGCUACAUGGAUGUUGCAAACAGGAUUGUAUCCUGCUGUUUAUUCCCAUAGACUAGGAAAUCGCAGAAUGAUGAACAGAUUGCUUUUUAAUGAUUUUGAAUUUUGGAAAGCUGAGGCUUUUCCAAGCUAAUACUUUCUUUCUUACAUCUGUGGUCCCUGUGCAAUCAGUCCACAAUUUAGAAGCUUCUAAUCUCAUUGCACAGAUUCUUUUCUUAGUGUAACAGAUGUAUUUUUAGGUUAUUGGAUCAUCAUUGGUUUCUAAAUGUUCAUUACCAUUGCAGAUGCUACUCAAACUCUACCAAUUUUUUUUUUUCUGUUGCACUAAAUUCAUCAAACUCUGUGCUCUAUUGCUUUGUCUGCAGUUUGUGGCUGUUUGUGGCACAAAACUAUGUUUAUAGUAGACAUAUUAUCCAAUCUGUCAAAUAUUAUCCAAUAUAAAGAAAGCAUGACAUUUUUCUUUCAAAAAUAGUGGCUGUGGAAGCUCCUACUCACAGUCUUGGCUUGUAAAUGUCCCUGUAAUUCCCAGGGCUGUUCCCAUUUGUUCCCAUGCUCCCUUUAUGGCAGGAUACUUACCUGUAACUGAAAAAGAAGAAAAUGAAAAUCAGCCAAAUGAACAAAAACCUCUUUCUGAAGCAAGAGGGGAAGGAUCUCCAUGGGUGAGGAUAGGGUUGAGGCUAAGAAGAGCCCUGAGGGCAGAAAAAAUCUGUAGACAGAUUAGAUACUGUUUUAAAUGUUAAUGAGGAAAAUAGCAUUAAGGAAAUGGAAGGGUAAAGGUACUAAUGAAACAAACCUCUGCUGUAUUCUGCAGGACAUGAAGAAUUUUUAAAACAAAACAAACCAUGCUGGUCUGUGUUUAUGCAGAAUUGAAAUAUAAUAUUCUUAUGGUGGGAUGAUUUGGUUAAGUUAUUCUAAUUUCCAGUUCUGUUUGGAAUUUUUGUUACAGUGUUGGAUUGGCAUUUAUAAACUUCCUUAGGCACACAUAUCUAAAUAUUUUGGAGAUUUUCAAAGUCCUGCCAAUGGAUAAAGCAAAUAUUUUGUAGAGUCUUCAUAUUAAAAAAAAAAAAAAUCUUUUGUAGGGAUAAUUUUUCCAUUAAUCAGGAUAAGAGGCAAUAUAUUUCAAAAACGGUAGAGAUUGUGUUUCCUUUGUUUUAAGAUAAUCUGGACUGAGUCACUGGCUAUUUUAAUAUAUUCUACACCAGCAUUUUAAGUAUACAGCUCUUCUUAUGGCCCGUAUUUGCCAGUAAAUCCGACUUUAAGGCCUAGCAUGGAACAAAAAAAUAGCUUGGCUUUAAAACGUACUCUUUCCUCUUACUUCAACUAUUUAAACUUUAUUAAAAAAUAAAACAAAGUUUGAGUCUGUCUUUAUUUCCAGCUAAAUAAGUACCUUUGUCAUGGAAUGAUGAGUAUUUACUUAAUAAGUAGGAACUUCUUAUAAGAGGUUCUUAGAAUAUCACAUAUAGAUUGGGUUCUGAAUUGCAGUAGAUAGGUAUCUAUUCUGCGUUAAAAUAUCUGGUUUUGAGAUAGGCAUGGUGACAUUUUGAAAUGUCACACUAAACCUGAGUAAUAUCUCUUGAGAGAGAGGUAAAAAGACAUUCAGAACUAGAUUUCAGAUUUUUGUACUUUUGCAUUACACUGUCAAAUUAGCUCGUGGAAGAUGAGUUUAAAAUGGGAGAGAUGUUUUCUCUCCUUCCUUUGCCUUUCAGGUCUCUACAAUUCAAGAAAGGUUUUUAACUGUGAAAUGAAACACCAGUUUCUCUGAACUACAGAUUGAAGAACAGAAAGCAGUACAAACCAGCUAUGCAAACAGCUGCAUGAAGAGUUUGGUGUAUGUCAGGUUUUUAUAUGUACAAAGUGUAACUAGCAUUAUAUGGAGUUUAAAGGUAUAUGUAUAAAAACCACUUAGGGUAGAAAGAGAGGCGGUCAAACACCAUGUUAGGGUUGGAGGAUCUUGUCUGCAAUUAAAACUGCCAAAAUGUGUCCAAUUUUAAAAUAGCAUUUUCCACUGAAGAUGUUCAAAGCCUUAAUUCUUGCAUCAUUUCACUAAUCUAGGUCAAUAAUAGAAUGAACGUGUUGUGGAAACAAAUCCGUGAUCUAGCUACUCAUUGUACCCUGAGCUCUCACCAUAAUUGAGUAUAACAUGUUGGAAAGGGUAAAGCCAGUUUGCAAUGUAGUUUGUUUGCAUCUGUUGGAAUUUGCACACUAGACUUUUGUCAAGUGUGUUUUGCAAGUUCACAAGCACUUCUUAGAAACCUCUAGAAGUUUGGUUCUUUUUCAAAGAAAAUCAGGCUAUAGUGGGGCAAAAACCAAUCAAAAGCACUGUUCAUUAAACCUGUCCCUUCAGUGGCUGCCUUACAGUGAAAGACACGUGGAGAGAGUGCACGAGUGAGAGCUGGUGAUGCCUUAUUUUGUACAGAUAUGUUAUAAUUUCUCCUUGUGUAUAUUGUUACUUAGUGUCCCAGCUGACAUAACAAGCCAGACAACUUGUUAUUCUUUCAGCUAGACAGAGGCACUCAAGUAUUUUUAUUACUACAAAAUUAAAGCUCAGAAUGGAAACUAUCUGGCUGAAACUUGCACCUUACAUGCUUUUCUGACUAUAAUUAAAAUAAUCUGCACUUCAGAGGUUUGAUUUCCAUCAGUCAUAUGUACACACACCCUCACUGGAUUUUUUCUGCAGUUCACAAUUGGUGAAAUAGUCUGGUUUUCCUUCAUUUUAAAGUUUAUCCGAGUCUGCACAAGGCAAACAGGAGGAGGGGAUCAGGCCAUGGGGGUGAGCCUAAAGCCCUGAAAUCGUGGCAUGACGCAGGAAGUCAUACGGUUUCUUCACCAUUUCCACAGCGACCAUUUUAUCAAAUGAAUCCUGGCCCUUGCAGAUCCUCCCUUAAUUUGGAGCUUCUCUUUGUUUAGCUGAUGCUUGAACUCAGCUGAGUAGUGAUGAGGCUGUGCCUGCCCCUGGCUCUGCAGCUCCGUCUGUCCCUUGCAGGAUUACCAUCGGUGCCUUGGGUGUGACUAAAAUGCCCAUCUCAGGGGCCCUCCCUGACACUUCUCACACAGCUCCUCCUUCACCAGCAGAACAUGAGUUUGUUUCUGCUGGCUUUUACCACGAACUGGGUGGCCCUGGAGGAAAGCAGUGAGAGAAGGGUGCAGAGGAGGAGAGAGGGAAACGAGAGGAAUUAGAAAACAGUGAAGGUGGGGCUUGAGAGAAAAUACUUUGUGGGGACUGAAAUGACAGAGCCGGAUUCUUGAUCUCACCCAGGUUUCUCAUUCACUCAUCACCUUGCAGCUCCCACCACGUGCUUUCCUUUCCAUCCUUUCCAUGAAUACAUUGUAAUGGCUUUCACCUGCGGGACAGUGUCUGGCACCUCUGGUGUUGCCAGGAAUGAGCAGUCACUGAGUGUGUAUUUAACUUUGAUGGUCUGGCACAUUGCUGAAGGAGGCCUUUAUUUACAGGAAUUGUUUCAGAGCUUCCUUCUCUGCAGCAGAUCCUCGGCCUGGGCUUCCUGCAUGUGAGGAGUCAGAAUGGGGAGGUUCUGCUGCAGACAACAUCCUGCACGGGCACCAUAGGUCACUGUUCCAGUACGCUCUGUGUUGGAAAACUGAGUCAUGGAUGGAUGGAUGGGUCACUAGAGGGCCUUUCUUUCAUGAAAAAUACUGUUCCAUGUCUCUGAAGUUUUAUUUUAUGCUAUUCUGAAUGUUUCAUAAAGAACAGCAGAAUACAUUUUCAGUGUGGCUAAUAAAUACCAAACCCAGCUUUGGUCACAAGCAUUUUCUGUUUCAUUUUCCAGUCAGAAUAAAAUUCAAUUUUAUGGGGUUUAGUUGUACAACAAGACCUCAAUAUUUGUAUUGAGUCUGUAUAGGCAGUAGAAAGAGGAUGUGUCCAUUGUAAUCAUCAGCGUUUCUGCACUGUACAUCUCAACACCUUUUAAUAUGAAGAUGCAUGAGGACUUCUGCUAAGGCAUGGUUUUGCUGAACCACCCAGGCAGUUUCUCUGCCAGUUUGGGAGGUCUGCUCCCUUAUGGAAACUCUCCAGUUUUGGUUUAUUGUAUAUAAAUUUAUACUUGAUGGCUGUUGAGAAAAUGAGUGGAAGAAUAGCCAUAAUGGCAAUGGAAAAACAACAACAACAACAACAAAAAUGCUAAGCUUAAUUUAUUGUUCAAAUGGAAUGUCUUUCAGUAAGAAAUCCUGAUGUGAGUUUUCAGUGAAAUUAGUGAUGUCCUACUUCUGGUUGUGUGUUCAGUUAUUUCAGUGGUAAGAGGGAGCAAUCCUAACGGGUCAACUUCCAAUUGCCCUGAAAUAUAUAUAGUGUGUUUUUAAUUAAUAUGCCAAUAACAGGAAUUACUUGUAUUUUAUUCUUUCUCUUACAGAAACUUGAAUGCAUUCAAGAGUUCUACUGCAAUUGGCUUCCUCAGGGAAGUGCAGCAGGAAUUGUGUCCCUUUUGGCCUCCAUAGAUCACACCAGGAUCAGUGUCUUAUGGAGGUACAGGGGAAAAUAGUUCUCUGCAGCUUACCUACUUGCACUCUUCCCUCCCUCCUUCCCCAAACCAGAUGCCACAAUUUUCCAUUAUGCAACCCUUUUUUUUGUUGUUGUUGUUGUCGUUGCAUGCACUGGACAACAAACCAGGUGAACUGUAGCUACUGAGCAUGAUGGUAAUGAUCUUCAGCUGUCAUUUUGAGGGUCUCUGAAGUUUAGGUCUUUCAAGUUUCUGAGCCACACCUCUAAUAGUGACUUGUUCUGGGGUAGCCACGCAAGCUUCUAACAAGUUAAUACACAGUGUAAAUUAAAUUAUCUUUUAAAACUGGCACUCAUGUAAAUGGAAGUAUCCUCAGCCUUCAUUCAGGCUGGUUUUGCUGUUUCUGUGUAAUCAGCUUUCUGGAUACAUCCAAACAGCAAACCUCAAACGAGGUGGUGUGGAGGGAAUGGACAAUGUCAUUUGCUGUUGCACAACUCCCUUGCCCGCACCCAGCUCAGCCCUUGCUUGUGUCACUGCAGGCAAUUAACAGUGCUCAAAACCACAGCAGCUCCUCUUCCAAAAUGCCAUUUGAUGGUAUCGGGACACUUGAGCAUUCAGGAAAAAAAUUGUUUAUAUUUUAAAGGGAGUUUAUUCUUCAGCAUUAGAAAAUGCUGAAGUAAUAAAAGGCAUUGAGUGUGUAGCAUCAACAAGAAGAUCUUUGCUGCAAGUUAUAAUCUGGAUGGAAUAAAAAUGCUUCUUCAGUAUAAUAUAUGCUUGAAAUGAACUGUAAUAUAUUUAGGUGUUCUGCUUUGAUCCUAAUGUGUUGUGGGGUGCUAUGCUGAAAUGAAUGUGGAUACCAUCAAUAAAGGAGAAGAUCCUUAACACCUUAA